UCGAGAGCUCUUAAAAGAUUUCACCUCGCCGCCUACCUUUCCCACCUGAAGCAGCAGAUCACGUCGAGGCUCCGCUCUUCCCUGCCGCCAACAUGUCAGACAGAGGAACCUUCGAUACCAAUGUCGUUACCCUCACGAGGUUCGUGCUGGAAGAGGGCAGGAAAGCAAAGGGGACCGGAGAGCUGACAACACUUCUCAAUUCAUUGUGCACAGCCAUCAAAGCCAUCUCUAGCGCCGUCAGAAAAGCUGGGAUCGCUAAUCUCUAUGGCAUCGCUGGGGGCACAAACGUGACUGGCGACCAGGUGAAGAAACUCGACAUCCUCUCCAACGACCUGGUCAUCAACAUGAUCAAGUCCUCGUUCACCUCCUGUGUGCUGGUGUCAGAGGAGGAUGAGAAGGCCAUCAUCGUGGAGCCGGACAGAAGGGGUAAAUACGUGGUCUGCUUUGAUCCUCUGGAUGGUUCUUCAAAUAUUGACUGUCUCGCAUCAAUUGGAACCAUUUUUGCCAUCUACAGAAAGACUACAGACGAUGAACCCAAUGAGAAGGAUGCCCUGCAGUCUGGCAGGAACAUUGUGGCGGCAGGCUACGCCUUGUAUGGCAGCGCUACCAUGCUGGUGCUUUCCACUGGCCAGGGGGUCAACUGCUUCAUGCUGGACCCUGCUAUUGGGGAGUUCAUCCUGGUGGACAGGGAUGUCAAGAUUAAGAAAAAGGGCAAAAUCUACAGUCUCAAUGAAGGCUAUGCUCAGUACUUUGACCCUGCUGUCACAGAGUACCUGCAAAAGAAGAAAUUCCCUGAGGAUGGCAGCGCCCCCUAUGGUGGGAGGUAUGUGGGCUCGAUGGUAGCAGACGUGCAUCGGACACUAGUGUACGGAGGCAUCUUUCUGUACCCUGCCAAUGUGAAGAGCCCCAAGGGAAAGCUGAGGCUUCUGUAUGAAUGCAACCCCAUGGCCUUCAUCAUGGAGCAGGCUGGAGGAAUGGCCACAACAGGCACCAUGAAUGUGCUGGACAUCCAGCCCGAAACUAUCCACCAGAGGGUCCCUGUGGUGCUGGGCUCCCCUGACGAUGUGCAGGAGUACAUUGCCAUCUUCAAGAAGCAUGCCAAGUGAACGCUCCCUGCGCCAGCCAGACCCAGACCAAAGGUCAAUCAGUAACUGCCAAAGGUCAAACACCAAAGACCAAGACCAAAGACCAAACAGCAAAAUCCAAAGACCAAAGGGAGGACCCUGCUAAGAAGCUGGAGGGGGUUUUCCUCAGAGUUACUCACAUCACUUGUAUGACAUCACAGCUGAGAAUCUGCCCUGAUUUUGUUUGUGACCGUGUCUAAUUCUUACUGUGGGCUGCCUCCUGGUUUUUCCUUCCUCACAAACUCGCACACUGUAACUGUCCGUCAGUAGGAGCAGUUCUUACCUCUGUGCAUGGCACAUGACAUGUGUGACCAAUGUGCCUUGUAUGCUUGUGCACCUUUUCAACCUGAAGGAUAUUGUGAAUAAAAACCGAGUACAAAUGUG